UAUCCAUCCGUCAUUCAUUUCCGCAGCCGCUAUAAAGUUGGAAGAGAGCUGGGCUGUGCAGACUGAGUCCAUGCAUCUCAGCGGCUUAAUAAUUCACGGUGCUGUGUGUUGGCAGUUUUGCGGCUGAAUCUCAGACUCGGAGGUGGGGGGAUAAGAUAAUAAAGGAAGGCUGGGGGCGAGGCAAGGCAUGGACUCCAAGUUGGAGUGAAAGGCAGGAUUUGUGACGUGGUUCAGUCCUCGGGGGAAAAAAAGAGGCUGACCCCGCAGCCUGCAGCAAUAAAACUAUCUAACCGACCAAUAGAUCGAGUCCAACUACAUAUCCAGGGACAUUUGGCUCAUAUCCAGAGAGAUAAAAGUGAGAUUAGAAGAGGGUGUCUCUGUUUUGCUCUGUCCUUCUUCUCACAUCAACUACACAGGAUGUUUCACAUGCUGAAGCUCUAGUUGUGACUGGACUGACAGGAUUGUCCACCUCUGAAUGAAUGACCAGCUGGCUUUUUUUGUUUAUCUCAGGGAAACUUUUUUAACUUUUGAUGACACUUUUGGUGUCACAAAUCAAUGCUUCUUCUCAUACCUCCGUGGAAGAUUUGCCUUGAAGAGCCUCUGUUUAUAGGAUUUACCUUGGUAUUUAUUUAACUGUACACAUUGCUGAGUGGGGGGGCGACUUGGCAACUUAAGCAUGGCACUUUACGUUCAAGGUCUGGGUAAAGGUGUGGCCAACGGAGGGAUGACUCAGUUCCAGGAAGUGAUGCGGCAGCAGUUGGAGAGCUCCAUGCACACCGAGCUGGAGAAACUGCUGGACACCGCCUCAGGGGCCGAGAAAGAGCUGUCCAGGAAAGACUUCGACGGCUUCAAGAAGCUUUUCCACAGAUUCCUGCAGGUGAAGGGACCGUCGGUGGAGUGGAUCAAGAUACAAAGACCUCCAGAAGACUCGAUCCAGCCCUAUGACAAGAUAGCCGCACGAGGCCUGCCGGACAAUGUGGCCGACAGCCUGAACAAACUGGUGGUGGUGAAGCUGAACGGAGGCCUGGGCACCAGCAUGGGAUGUAAGGGGCCCAAGAGUCUGAUCAGCGUCCGCAACGAGAACACCUUCCUGGACCUCACUGUGCAACAGAUAGAGCACCUGAACAAGACUUACAACACAGAUGUGCCGCUGGUCCUCAUGAACUCCUUCAACACAGACGAAGAUACCAAGAAGAUCCUGCAGAAGUACACACACCACCGUGUCAAGAUACACACUUUCAACCAGAGCAGGUAUCCUCGCAUCAACAAAGAGUCCCUCCUGCCAGUGGCCACAAACAUGGGCAUGACCGGGCAGAACGCAGACGUCUGGUACCCUCCAGGGCACGGGGACAUCUACGCCAGCUUCUACAACUCGGGCCUGCUGGACCAGCUGAUCGCUCAGGGCAAGGAGUACAUCUUUGUCUCCAACAUCGACAACCUGGGGGCCACCGUGGACCUGCACAUACUGCACCACUUGGUCAGCCAGCCCAACGGCAAGCGCUGCGAGUUCAUCAUGGAGGUGACUGACAAGACACGCGCCGAUGUCAAGGGUGGCACGCUGAUCCAGUAUGAAGGUAAACUGCGUCUGCUGGAGAUUGCCCAGGUGCCCAAAGCCCACGUGGACGAAUUCAAGUCGGUCACCAAGUUCAAGAUCUUCAACACCAACAACCUUUGGAUCUCCCUGGCUGCCAUUAAGAGGCUGCAGGAGCAGAGCGCCAUGGACUUGGAGAUAAUAGUCAACCCCAAGACGCUGGAUGGUGGGCAGAACGUCAUCCAGCUGGAGACGGCCGUCGGCGCUGCCAUCAAGUGCUUCGACAACGCCCUGGGCAUCAACGUACCCCGCAGCCGCUUCCUGCCCGUCAAGACCACCUCCGACCUGCUAUUGGUCAUGUCCAACCUGUACAGCCUGGAGGCGGGCUCUCUCACCAUGAGCCACAAGAGAGAGUUCCCGACCACGCCCCACGUCAAACUGGGCAGCUCCUUCACCAAGGUGCAGGAGUACCUGACUCGCUUCGAGAGCAUCCCCGACAUGCUGGAGCUGGAUCACCUGACAGUGUCUGGAGAUGUCACUUUUGGGAAACACGUUUCACUCAAGGGAACAGUCAUCAUCAUAGCCAACCACGGAGAUCGCAUCGACAUUCCAGCUGGCUCCAUGCUGGAAAACAAAAUUGUAUCCGGCAACCUCCGCAUCCUGGACCACUGAGGCCUUUCUCACCCAUGUGCACCCUCAUCAUGUGACCCAGAUGGCUUUAUCCCAGUCAUGUGACCCAGUAGACGUAAAAGCAUAUGACUUGUACGUCAUGUUUACCCGACACCAACAGAUAGAUAGUUAGAGGACACAGCUGCCCCUCAAGGCUGUGAUUGCAUGUGCAGUGCUGUGCUGCAGUCCCACCACUGACAAGUACUGAGAUGUGUGUGUGUGUGUGUGUGUGUGUGUGUGUGUGUGUGUGUGUGUGUGUGUGUGUGUGUGUGUGUGUGUGUGUGUGUGUGUGCGUGUGUGUGCGUGUGCGUGUGCGUGCGUGUGCGGGUGCGGGUGCGGGUGUGUUUGCGCGAGCGUGCCUUCCAGCUGUUUGUCAGCAGUUGGCAGCUGAAAAGCAUCUUGCUUGUUGGUUGGAACUAGUUAGGAUAUGUCGCCCUCUACAGGCCAUUUUAAUAUCAACGUUUUAAGAGAUGCCACUACCUGGCUAAUGUGUACAGCUAUAACUAAUUAAUGAUUAGUAAUACUAAUUAUACUCAUAACAGUCACUUAAAAAGCCAGAUAUAAGCCUUUCUUUAACAUAUACCCACCUUUGACCUUAAAUGCAGACAAAAUGACUCAACUGUUUCAUUUUUGUUUGUUGUUGCUGUCUUUGUUACAUGUAAUGUAGUGUUUAUUUUUUUUAUUUACAUUGUGGCUUGGCCAGAAAAAAAAAACCUCAAUGAAGAACAUGGGUAACUAACUAGUUUAGGGAUAAUAUUGGCCCUGUACAUCCCAGACCAGAUGUGUUUUUAUUAUUAUGAUUCCUCCUUCAUCUUAGCCCUUAUGGCGUACUAGCAGCACUGCCAAUGCAAUCACAUGGUGUGUUAAGUCACAUUUCCCCAGCAAGGGCACAAGUUUGGCCAUUCCUCUGCAGCGUACAGACGGCACUGCAGGGUUUCAGCACGGUUCCUCCACUCAGACACCGUCUCUGAACCAGCUGAAACAGCAAGCAGUUACAUUUUGAUAAUCAUGAAAAAUGGUACGAAUUUUUGUUUAGGUCUUGUACCUGGGACUUUUGAAACAUUUCUAUAAUAUUUGAAUGGGAUUAGAUGCCAUUUUUGCAUUUGUUUUUGCUUGGUAAUCGCUUGAGCUAAUAUUUUUUAAAUUUAUUUUUUUAGAUGAGAUGUUUUAGUAAGCCGCUUGGCCUUUAUUUCAAAUGAGUGUCAUCAUAUUUUCCCAGUGUUUUCGAUCACUUUGCUUCUGUUAUUACUGUGUACAUAAAGUAAUGUGAGUAACUCGUGUAGGGCAGUGGGUAAAUGAUGGCGCAGCACUUCCAAGGUAAAGUGUUGGACAUACGAGGGAAGUAUCUACCAAGUAAGAUAUUGUUACUGUCUGCGCCUUGAAAAGGUUUCAUAGGACCAAGACUUGAUUUUAAAAUCCACAGAGGAGCGUGAAACCCUCAAGAUAAAGGUAAAACAUAAAAAAUCAUCACAUUUGGAGUGUGUGAGGUUUUCACUAGACAGAUCUUUCUGAAUUCAUGGCAGCAUGUAGAAUCAAAGUUAACCUGAAGUUUCCAAAUCACUGGAAGCUACAGACCUCCCCGCAUAUCCAGCUGACAUACCCAGUCUACACCAGGGAUCCCACACCUAUAUCCAUCACUGCAGUGAAUCCUAACAAUUUUUCUGUAUUUGAAGAUUUUAUUUGCAAAAACAAAUCUCCAGUUGUUUAUUUUUCAGAUAAUAUCGAUCAAAAAAAAUCAUACAAGCAGGCUAAUGCAUAGACAGUAUUGGCUUUUGCAACAAAACUUUAAAUUCAGAAAGAAUGUGGGGGAAAAAAAUCAGGAAUGACAUUUAUCUGUUUUGCAGUUAAAUGUAAAACAAUUACAUUCCCUAUUAGUAUAUUAAAAUAAUAAUCAUAAAAAUUAGUUAUUACACCUCUUAUGUGGUGCCUUUUGUUUUUGAAGGAGAUGAUCCGCAUUGUUUCAAGGUGGCGUAUCAGCUUCUUGUAGUUUGAAAAAUUUGUCCAGCUAGUUAACAAGGCACCCAAUUUAGUAACUGUGCCACUUGUCAUUAUCAUUUAACAUAUUGUAUGUGCCAUUAUUGAGAAAAGAACACAUUUCUGCAGCCACCAGUGGGUCAGAGCCCCCAGUUUGAAACCCCCUGGUCUAAACUGGAAAGCUGCUGAGGAUCAAAUGAAUCUGCUCUCAUGUGAAAACUGAACACAUCCAGGUGACAUGACUGAUGACACUCUCAAGCCCAUGAAAUGACAUCUGUUAAAAUGAAGGCCUUUUUUUUUUUUUUUUUUUUUUUUUUUUUUUUUGUAGUCCCAGGAAGUUGCAGGUGAUUUUGAAAAGAACGUCUGUGCGGUGCAUUACUUUUGUUUUGUUGUAGUGAGUUUUUGAAGUCUGCUUCCAUUUUUACCUUCACAUUGUACAACAACCCCAUGUUUCCACCAGACCCUUAUCAUGUCAGCCAUUUCCUCUCUCCAUCCAUCUGCCAGUCCCUCCAUUGAGCACAAGCUCUCCUCAGAAAGCAAGAAGAUGCAGUAUUUUCUCCAGUGUUGGUUUUACAGACAUAUACAGAGAGAGAGAGAAAGAGAGAGAAAAGAGAGAGAGAUUUGGACCACUUCAGACGUGUGUAGUAAGCGUGCAGUGUGAGGAGAAUUGAGACGGGUUCGAUAUGUGCGAACCAGGAGCCUGAAAGCAAUAAGUGUUGAUGUGUGACAGCGGAGUGGUCUCAGUCCAGCCCAGUUCUGCCUCCCCGGAACUGAAUAAAGUGCAAUAUGAAGAACUGA